AUGUGUCGCGUCGUACUGCUCGACCAGACCCAGUACGUCAACCAUCAAUUGGGAGCGGGGCUCCCAAGAAUCCCAGGACGGGGGAUAGUUGCGCCACCGGACGAGGUAACUCGUCCGACGUCCAGUUCACGUCGCGGUGGUUCAACAGCUGCUCUACUAGAUAGCGCUGGCCACCGCGAGAGUCCUCUAAUGGAGGUGGAGGAGGAGGAAAGACGCUCUCCACACGAUCAUGUGGAUCGGUGUGUUCCCGAGAGUUCUUUGAUCGCGUAA